AGCUGUGUAAACUGUCGGUACGAAAACAGUGCAGCGUCGUACGUCACAGUCAACUCGUGUGUUUUACUAAAUUACUCUCAUCACACACAGCACACAGUGUUAUCACUAUAAAAGCGCCCACACAAAACAAUUACAAAUCUUAUGUUACCGCUUGACUAUAUCAGGGAACAAGUGCUAUGUAUUUAUAAACAUUUAGAGCAGUGAAAUUGUCUUCAUCAAAUGGAAGGUGUUCUUUGGAAGUGGACAAAUUACUGGAAUGGUUGGCAGACAAGGUGGUUUGUUCUGGAAAAUGGAGUUCUCACAUACUACAAAUCUGAAGAGGAAGUUAAUCAGGGCUGUAAAGGAUCCAUGAAGAUAUUGGCAUGUGAAAUAAAUGUAAGUCCAAUUGACAUGACAAGAAUGGAUUUAGUAAUACCAGGUGAGCAACAUAUGUAUUUGAGAGCUGCCACAUCACAAGAAAGACAACUCUGGCUGGUUGCUUUGGGUAGUGCAAAAGCAUGUGUGCACAAGAACAGAAAAGAGACAACUGAUAGCAAUCCAGAUCAGUUGAAAACCAAGAAGUCUGAAUUGAGGCUCUACUGUGAUCUACUCAUGCAACAAGUUCACACACUGAAGACUGCAAUUAGUAAUGAGGAUGGACCUGUAGUUGAGAAAAUGGAUGAAGCAACUAGUUUAUUAGGUGCCACCUGUGACACAUUUAUCACCACACUGGAGGAAUGCAUGAAACUGGCGAACGCAAACAUUAUGUUAACGCAAAAUAACGAAAUUACUCUGCCUCCUAUACCCAUAAAUCCACCCACUAGAAAAAAUAAAAACGUAUCAAGGCUUAAUUCUAACGAUUCGAUCUAAAGUACUUGUUUUCCUAGCGUUGUUUGAUUGCGUUACCAUGAAGAAUCUUAUUUAUUUUUACAUCGAGCUCAGAAAUUCCGAUCAUACUAUCAUCAAGUACAUACUAUUAUCUUAAAAAGUAGAUAAGUAGUAAAUUUAGGUACUUAAAAUCUAAAUAAGAAUUUGAAUAAAUUGAAACUCAAAUUAUCGUACUGUGACUAUUAUUAUUUGUAUAAAUUUAUUGUUGAAAAUUGAAAAUUUUAUUUCGUAUUGAUAUAGUUGUACUAUUUUUUUACAUUUUACAUUUGCAUAUUGACAUUGUUUGUACUUCAUGUAUUUCUACAUUAUUUGUGUGUAGUCUGUACAUUUAUUAAUUAGUGUGUAUAUCACUUAAGUAUAUUUAACUAGCAAUGUGUGAAGAAGAUUAGAAAUCUUUUGUUUUGGAGGAUAGGUGGAAGCUCAUAACAAAUUCCUAAUAAAUUAUUUUUAAAGUAAAAAAAA